UUGAUGACCUAUUCAACGUCUCCUCCUCUACCCCAAACACACAGAACAGGAGAAAAACAUAAUGAAAUGUAUUACUAUGAUAAAUUACAGUCAAUUAUUCAAAACAACUAUCAUUGCAUGCUCACCAAUCAGUGAAUGCAGUGAGCCAAAGAUCUUGAAUUCCUCGAUACAGUUACUGUACUUUGGUACCCAUUCACGAAAGUCACUCAUUGGACGAACGGUGUUCGUUGCCUUUUCCGGUCUUCUCCCGGCAGCGGCAGUUACGUGCGUGCCAUCUUGUCCUACUGUUGCCGAAGAAACUCAGCUAGCCAGACAGAUCUACAAAGUAGGGUUUUGUGGGCCAUAAUCUGGUGCUAGGUUAUUGUAGAACAUAGUUUACCGCAACUAUUGACGGUUUCAAAACCCGCUUUAAUGGCGUUAUAGUCAGAAGCAUCGAUUGUGUAAGCUAGCUAGCGUUAGCAGAUAGCGGCAAAUUUCCCGCAUUUGUGGAUCGACAGCCUGGGAUCCUCGCAUUAUGGCCAACAACACUGUAGCCGGGAAUCAGCAACAAGGACAGGCUGUGAACAAGAUUGGCCCUAACCCUGGAAAACAUGGCAACAACUUGCCUCUCUGGGGCAACGAAAAGACUAUGAACUUGAACCCUAUGGUCCUCACCAACGUGCUCUCAUCUCCAUAUUUCAAGGUUCAGCUCUAUGAACUGAAAACCUACCAUGAGGUGGUGGAUGAAAUAUAUUUCAAGGUGACUCAUGUUGAGCCCUGGGAGAAAGGCAGCAGGAAGACUGCUGGACAGACUGGAAUGUGCGGAGGGGUACGUGGAGUCGGGACUGGCGGCAUUGUGUCCACGGCCUUCUGCCUGUUGUAUAAGCUGUUUACCCUCAAGAUGACCCGCAAGCAGGUGAUGGGACUGAUCACUCACAACGACUCGCCCUACAUCAGAGCACUUGGUUUCAUGUACAUAAGAUACACUCAGCCUCCUGCAGACCUGGUGGACUGGUAUGAUGGUUUCCUGGAUGAUGAGGAGGAGCUGGAUGUGAAGGCCGGAGGUGGCUGCGUUAUGACCAUCGGUGAGAUGGUCCGGUCGUUCCUCACCAAGCUGGAGUGGUUCUCCACACUCUUCCCACGCAUCCCGGUGCCUGUGCAGAAGAUGAUUGACACACAGAUGAAGGCAAGGCCCCGGAAGGUUCCAGAGAAGGUGGAGGAGCCGGUAGAACCUGUGCCAGAGGAGGGACGGGCGACAGAAGGGCGUAGACGCUCCCGGAGCCCCAGGAGGUCCCCCAAACGGUCGAGGAGCAGGAGCCACCACCGCGAACGAGAGCGCCACGGCCCAAGCUUCGACCGCGAGCUGGAAAGGGAACGUGACCGCCAGAGGAAGGAGAGGGAGGGUAAGGACGGGGACAGGAGAGGAGGGGACAGAGAGAGGGAAAGAGGAGAGAGGGGGGAGAAAGAGAGGGACAGGGGAGGAGAAAGGGAGAGGCGACGGUCCAGGAGCAGGGAACGCAAGGGAGAGCGGAAAGACAGGGAGAAAGAAAGGGAGGGCGGCGGGGAGAACGACAGGAGCAGGAGGAAAGACAGGGGCAGCGACAGAGGGAGGGAGAGGUCCAAGGACAAGAGGAGCAAGGGAGAGACUGAGGACAGGAGACACAAAGAAGAGCGGGAUGAGAGGAGGGGGCACAGGGAGGAGAGGAAGGCCAAGCGCUCCAGUCGGAGCGGAAGCAGGGAAAGGAGACACAAGGAGAAGUCCAAGAAGAGAGAAGUCCAAGAAGAGAGCGGAAGCAAGAGCAGGGCCGAGGUGGGGGAGAAGGAGAAGAGCAGGAAGAGAGAGCGCAGCCAUGAGAGGGGGGAGGGCGAGCAGCGCUCACACAAACGCAGCCGCAGCAAAGAGCGGAGCCACCGGCCACGAGAGCCCAGCAAUGGGAAAGACCAUGGGAAACACAGAGAGCGCAGGAGGAGCCAGAGCACGGAGAGAGGAGAGAGGACGACACAGAGUGCUAGGGCAGAGUCCCCGUAGCUCGUCACAGCUCUUCUCUGCCUUUCUUUCUUCAUUCAUUUGUUUUACUUGAUCGUGUAGUCUGUCACGUAUUAUUAAAAAGAGAAGAAAAAAACAUUAGCACGAGAAACUACCUGGACUUGUCUUUCGCCAACGUAAUGUUACUUUAUGUAGAUCUUUCUCUCUCUGCCUUUCUCCUCCCUUUCUAGACCAGCGUUACUUUUCAUUCGAGAGUUGUAUUAGAGAAAAAAAUGCCAUUUUAAUUUUUAUAUGGUUUUGUCUCUGGAAAGUUCCAAAUUGCUUUGUACAUACGGGUCUGAGAAUGUUUUAAAUCCUACAGAGCAACCUCCGAAGGUGAAUUUGUACCAUGCACUGAGCCGUACUGAUAUUGUGCUGUGUUUGGUUAAGUGCUCUGUUGCAUUUUGUUUUCUAAUAAAAACAACUUUUACAAAAGGA